UCUGCCGGGGGACAGGAUCCAAAGAGAAAGCCUUUUAAGGAUUUGUGCCAGCGCCGGGAAGCGAAUCCCCCCCAGCGAACAGUGGUGCUGGGGGAUUUGAGUGUAGACAAGUGCUUAAAGCUGAAAAGGGCAGAGAGAGGGGAGGGAGCCGGGGGCACGCUCUGAAACCAGACCCCCCCCGCCCGAAACGCAGCUCCUUCCUCUGCUUUAGGAAACGGAUCCCUCCUGCGAUUUCCUUUCAAAGGUGACUUGUAACCUCUUCAUUAGGGUCGGCUUUGGCAGAGCCCCGAUGGUGCAGCUGGCAGGGCCGGGGCUGCGCUGGGCGGGAGCGCGCUCGCCGUGCCAGGGCUGGGCAGCACUCGCGGCCGCUCGGCGCAGCGGCGGCAGCACCGGCGCCCCGGCCAUGCGCUGAUGGGUACCAUGGACUUUAAGACAGAUGCCAGUGCAGUCACCAUCAAUCUGCUGCUUAUCGUGCGCCCCGAGGAGGCAGCGAGCAAGGAGAAAGGGCAGCGAGAGGGGCAGACGGAAGGCGGCCGAGGCGCAGGUUCCAAGGGUGAUGGCAAUGGAAACAGCAGAUCACAGCCACCUCAGGGCACAGACCUGAACGGCCGGCGUGGUCCCACAGAUCCCCGUGGGCAGACACCACCCAUCACUUCAGGCCCUGACAAAGGAACCCAAGUGACAGUGGAGAUUCACCAUGAGGACACCAGCCCUCAGCUCAUCAAGAGACUCUCCUUGGGAAAAGGUUCCCAGAGGCUGAGAGGACAUGACAAUAAAGGAUUCCAGAAGACUGAGGCCCCGAGGCCGCCGGGAGCAAAGGACCUCCAUGCAUAUCCAUGGGACAAAUCCUCUUUGAAAUCCAUGCCAGUAGAUCUGCAGCAAUUAGAGAAGCUGGAUGCCUACGCAUUAAAAGUGAACGUCACGAACAGCGUGGAGGAGCUGGUCAAAGCCCUGCUGAAACAAGCCCGGACUGACCUGGAAAAGGUUCGAGCCAUAUGGAUGUGGAUAUGCCAUCACAUAGAAUAUGACGUCGUGGGCUACCACAACAAAAGCCAGCUGUCAAGCAAGCCCAGAGACGUGCUUCAGAUGGGCAAGAGCAUUUGUGAGGGCUAUGCCGAGCUCUUUGAACAUAUGUGCAGUCUUGCAGGGAUUCAGUGCAAGAAGCUCUCAGGACAUGCCAAGGGAUACGGGUACAAGACAGGGCAGACCUUCACAGGGGACUCUGACCAUGCCUGGAACGCUGUCUACCUUGAGGGAAGGUGGCAUUUGCUGGACAGCACCUGGGGGAGCGGGUCUGUGGAUGACUCCUUCACCAAGUUCACCUACAGGUACAAUGAGUUUUAUUUUCUGACUCACCCGGCCCUGUUCAUUAACAAUCACUUCCCAGAUAACAGUAACUGGCAGCUCCUUAAGCCCACGCUGACGCUGAAGGAGUUUGAGAACAACAUGCUGCACAACAGCAACUUCUACACGCUGGGGCUGCUGGCCGCACACCCGGAGACUCCGGUCAUCCGAACAGUAAACGGAAAAGCCUCUGUAUCCGUGGACUGCCGUUCUGGCACGUUAUUUAUGUUUAAGCUGAAGGGAACAGAUGAACACGGUUUGAUGACUUUGAAAAGACACGGAAUGGAGCUGGAUAUCUACCCACAGAAGACAGGGAGCCACAAGCUGGAGAUCUUUGCCAAGCCCUCCAAGGCUGAGGCUUCGGAUGACGUCUACAAGUGCGUGCUGGAGUACGUGGUGGAGUGCGAGUCCGUGGACAAGGCCAUGCGCUUCCCCAAGGACCUGCACCAGCCCGUCGGGCCCAGCUGGUUCUCAGAGCGCCAGGGCUUCCUGCGGCCCUCCCACGCCGAGCCCGUCCUGCACACCAACGACGGGCGCUGCUCCCUCACCUUCACCCUGAGCAAGGACAUCAGCGUCCUGACCUCGCUGCACACCGACGGCAGCAGCAGCCUGGCCGAGGACAUGGGCAGGCGGCACGUGCUGCAGAUCCACCGCAGGAACCAGGUCGAGCUGAAGGUCCACCUCCCGCACGCGGGGAACUUCGUUCUCAAAAUCUACUCCAAGAAGAAGUCGGACCCUGGUAAUUACGAUUACAUCUUCAACUACCUCAUCAGGUGCCUGAACACGGAGGUGAAGUGGCCAGCCUUCCCCCGGAGCUACAGCAAGUGGCUGCAAGACUACGAGAUCCUGGAGCCGCUCUCGGGCCUGCUGCCGGCCAACCGCAACGUGCAGUUCAAACUCAAGAUGCACGGCAUCGCCAAGGUGCUGGUCCAGGCUGAGAACACUUACCCUCUCACCCAGAACAAGGGCUGCUGGGAGGGAACCUGCAACACCUCGGGGUGCAGAGAGGUGUUUGUGAUGGUGCACGAGAAUGCCAACCACAGCUUCUACUCGCACGUCCUCAAAUACGAAGUUGAGACCCAGUAACACCCACCCCUUGUUCUUUCACUCACCUGCAUGAACCAACCUCCCCAACAUGCCCCAAACCAGCACAGCUUUAGGAGAUUGCUCAUUCUCUCAACCAAAUCUGUUCUUUCAACACAUGCAGGACAAUACUUGCAGGCUUUUGCCAGACUGCAGGCUCAAAGAUGGUCAAGGAAGCAGAAAAUCCUGUUAAAAAAAGGAGCAGCAGUGGAAGACAUGAGAUAAAACCAUCACCUACAUUUCAGUAACACUGUCCAGACAAAUAUUUAGAAGAAAACAACUGACUGUCUGCAGGGCAUUCUGUGCCAGUAGGGAUUGCUGGUUUCCAAGCUACGGACCAUAAGAAAAGUCUUACAAGGGCUACUCCAAGAAUUCACCUAGUUGUGGGGCAGGAUGAAGAAGGUGUACCCUGGUUUUGAGCAGCAACAUUGGACAUGAGGAACUUCAGGAUAUUUAAACCAAUUUUCAUUAUAACUGUAGUCAAUACAUCCGAGGAGAGAGAAGAGCUAGGAAGAAGACACAACAUCAAGUUUCCUUGUGCACUUCACUGUCUUACAGAUUUCAGUACUAGAAACAUACUUUUUACACUGACUCUUAAAUACAAUAAACAAAAUCAUUUUUACCUUUUUAUAUUAGAGUAUUGUAGAGACUUUAUCUGCUGUAAUUAUAUCUGAAGCGUAUAGGUGCUUCCAUAAGGAAUAUUACAGUAAAAAUGAGAAUAAAGUUCUCAGAAAUCACUCCUUCCUUCAACCUGUCAAUGCAAUACUGCAGCUAUAAACUGACGGGGUUACGUGGGACAGCAGGCUGAGUGACUUUAUUAUCAUGUAACAAACCAUUUGGUGCUGUACUCUUGGAAAACGCCUCCAUGCACAAGGCAAAGAGGGGCUUCCACUGAAUCCCAACAACUGCACAUCCUGUGACGGAGCAACGUUUUCAUAACCGAUUCAGAUGCCUGUGAGCGUUAGCAUGACCCAAGAGGUAUUAUGUUUGAGCUUGAAUUGAAAAUAAACCUGUUAUGUUUUUGCA